AUUUAUGUCAUAUGAUCCGUAUAGGUGCAUCAGGAUGUGGAAAAUCAACAGUUAUUCAACUUUUAGAACGAUUCUAUGAUGUUACAAGUGGUCAACUACUUCUUGAUGGCAUUAAUAUUCGACAACUAAAUCUCCAUUGGGUUCGUUCUCAGCUUGGUCUUGUUAGUCAAGAACCAAUUUUAUUCGAUAUAACCAUAGCUGAAAAUAUAGCAUAUGGCUUAGAAAAUGUUCCAAUGGAUGAUAUUAUCAAUGCAGCACGUAAAGCUAAUAUUCACGGUUUUAUUGAGCAAUUGCCUCAGGGUUAUGAAACAAAAGUAGGGUUGAAAGGCUGUUUUCUAUCGGGUGGUGAGAAGCAACGUAUUGCUAUCGCUCGAGUUCUUGUUCGUCGACCUAAAAUAUUGCUCUUAGAUGAAGCUACAAGUGCGAUGGAUUCACAUAAUGAACAAAUUGUACAAGAAGCUCUUGAACAAGCUCAAAUAGAAGACCCUAGUCGAACAUCACUCAUUAUUGCUCAUCGUCUUUCAACUAUUCGUUCAUGCGAUUCAAUUUGUGUGCUUGAUAGAGGACAUAUUGUAGAGAGUGGCACUCAUACAGAAUUGACACAACUACGUGGAACUUAUUAUAAAAUGCUUGCUCAAAACAAUUUAUGA